GUAACGAGGAUUUAACAAUAACACUGCUGUGCUAGGAAGAUUGGUGAAACGGAAAGUAAAACGUACGAAACGAGUGUGGGGGUCAUUACCAGACAUUAAGAUUGUGAAUCCGUCUACAGUUCUUCAAGAAUUCUGCUUAUUUCCUUGGUAAUACGCAACUGGAAGUCACUGGUGUUGUUAUUUGGCUUGGMUYGGUCUUAAUGUCGUUCAAGUAAACGUGRAAAAUUGGCUGGUUUUGUGAGUCGCGUCGGUUUGGGAUUCAACAACAUGACAGAAGUGUUGGACGCAACCGAAGGCAAUAUCAUCCAGCACAUCUUAAACGACCUGAAGACWAGCGCGCCGGUAUGGGAUGAUUUUGUUGGCAAAGCUGGAAAACUGCAUUCGGCGCUGAGAGCGACGGUUGUAGCAGCAGAUGCAUUCCUCGAUGCYUUUCAGCGAGUGGCAGAUGUAGCCAACAAUUCGAGAGGGUCUUCAAGGGACAUUGGUGCAUCCUUAACUAAAAUGGUAAUAAGACACAAAAGCAUCGACGGCAAACUGAAAACUCUGAUUGGACUGCUUUAUGAUUCAUUGAUCAGUCCACUACAAGUUAGCAUAGAUGAAUGGAAAAGAGGUGUCAACCAACUCGACAGGGACCAUGCUAAAGAAUACAAGAAAUGCAAACAAGAAAUGAAAAAAAUCACAGCYGAGACCCUGAAAUGGCAGAAGAAAGUCAAGAAAGGCAAAACAGAGCAUCAAGACCGCUUGGAUGCUGUUAUUAAACAAGCUAAUGCACAACUAGCAGCUUUUGAAGAUCAGGAAAGGAAGUAUCUUAGRAAAGCUCUAAUAGAAGAGCGCUCUAGGUACUGCACAAUGGCAACCUGCGUUAAAACUGUGGUGGAGCAAGAAAUUUCCAUGCUAAAUGAAGUAGAACACUUAGAAUCUUUACUCGUGGAUAUYGUAAAACAGACUUACAAUCCUGCCACCCUACCAGUCGUGGGMGAAGACUUGGUACGYAACCUCAGGCUUUCUGAUCACUCRUCGGGAUCAUGGGACGACGAACAGACUCCCCCRCCAAGUCCAACUAACACUGCAGUCCGCACUCCAGGCCAACCRACUGCAUUCCAGCGAUCCUCCAGUCCAGUCCAUAACAAUGUCAGAGAACCACCAACAACUCCCCCACCACCUCCCCCUUCGGAAAAAGAAGCCUACUUUGAUGUAUUCAGUCGUCACUACUCCUUCUCGGCCAAGCACUCUAAUCCCAAAGGUAGAGUUCAACGUCCUAAACUGCCCGUUGCAACUCCCCAAGCGUCUCCUAAGAAGCARYCAAAGAACCUCAGGUCGUCCAGUUUUAGUAUUUCGUCAAAUUCGUCGUAUUCWUCRAUGUCUUCWYUGGGYUCCUCUGUUGGYUCGCCGUCCACAGAAUCUUUGCCACACCCACCUCCACCUUURCCUCCUCAGCACAUAGCGGGUUCUAUAGAUCAUUUACCGCCACCUCCCUUUCCCGGUGCUCCUACUUCUACUGAUCAAGGUGCUGCAACCCGCAAUGACCGCUCGUCGUGGAUGACGUCUGACUCGGGUUGCUAUUCUUCGUCGUCUGGUGAAAGAUCCCCUUCAACAUCCAUGGGUCAGGUCUACUGCCCCAGUACCGUCCCAGAAUACCCCUURGAGGARUCAACGUCACCUGAUGCUCCUCAGUAUGCCACGCCCUUCGUGACGUCAUCCCGCAAUCGCUGCAUGAGCGAGUCYGCAACCCAGUCAGCACAUGGUCGCGUGCACCGACGCAGUGAUAGCGAGGCAUCUUCGCAGAGUAGUUACUACUCGGGGGGAAGCGAUGCAACGAGUAUUGUGUCGAGUGACUCGGGAUAUUUUGGGCAAAACCAACACCAUCCUGAAUGGCAGAGGGAGAACUCGGCACCAGCGGCWCUCUCGCCGCCCAAGCAAAAAGUGAUGUUUAACAGGAGUCAAAGUGUUUCUGGGAAACCUAACGCAGCWCAGGCAGCCCAACUAGCUGUCCUAGCUAGCCACGCUGCGCGUAGUCGAAGUGCGCCCAUGCCCCCUCUUAGAAAAUCUUCAGUUCCUCCUCCUGCUCCUCAGAGAAAGACAUCGCUUGUUAACGAAGAAGCAGUCGACGAAGCAAACGAAGACAGAGAAAAGCCAAGCAUGUUGUUGAGGCAAAUACAAAUGCAACGACAAGCUAUUCAUAGCAAGGCGAAGCAUCCAGAGCAAAGCUGAUCGGUGCUCAAUUUUGAAGCUACAGAUUGUUCAUUACCGCUAAAUCGCAAUUAAUGUCUCGCAAAGGUGUUGUUUUGAGCUGUUAUUAGCUUACAAAUAUACAGCAACAUCGCAAUCUAGCAAGGAACUUAUUUGAAUGUCAAGCGAUGUGACGUGACGUGGGACCAGACCCCAAGCAUGAACGUACCCUGAGGAAUAUCUAUCUACGAUAAGCUCUGUUAUAGCUGUUAUUAGCUUACAAACAUACAAUAACAUUUCAAACUAGCAAGGAACUGAUAUGAAUGUCAAAGGAUGUCGCGUUGACAUGGGAUCAGACCCCAAGCAUGAACGAACCCUGAGGAAUAUCUAUCUACGAUAGGUUCUGUUAUAGCUGUUAUUAGCUUACAAAUAUACAGCAACAUCGCUAGCAAGGAACUUAUUUGAAUGUCAAGCGAUGUGACGUGACAUGGGACCAGACCCCAAGCAUGAACGUACACUGAUGAAUAUCUAUCUACGAUAAGCUCUGUUAUAGCUGUUAUUAGCUUACAAAUAUAACAACAUCACAAUAUGGGAAGGAAGUUGUUUGAAUGUCAAGCGAUGUGACGUGACAUGGGACCACAGACCCCAAGCAUGAACGUACCCUGAGGAAUAUCUAUAUACGAUAAGCUCUGUUGGAGCUGUUAUUAGCCUACAAAAACAACAACAUCGCAAAAUAGCAAGGAACGUAUGUAACGUAACAUGUGACAGACGAGCAUACACUGUACCCUGUGAAAUAUCUAUCUGCGAUAGGUACUGUUAAAGCUGUUAUUAGCUUACAAAUACAGCGACAUCGCAAAAUAGCAAGGAAUGUAUGUAACGUAACAUGUAACAGACGAGCAUACACUGUACCCUGAGAAACCUCUAUCUACGAUAGGUACUGUUAAAGCUGUUAUUAGCUUACAGCGACAUCGCAAAAUAGUAAGGAUCAAGACCCCAAGGAGGAGCAUACUUCGAGGAAUAUCUGUAUACGAUAAGUACUGUUAUGGCUUUCAGAUCGGCUUGCUAGUGCAGUAAAAUCACAAACAGAAAGGAACGGAUCCCAAGCAUGGAUACUGAUCACGACAUACAGGAAUCAAAAAUAUUAUAGGGUUAAYAAAUGAAAAAAAGAAGGGCUAAACGCCGUAUGACAUGGCAGUKACUACAGUGGAUAGCUCCUACUGCAUUGGUCUAGCAGUUAAAAGACGAAAUAUUGUAUUACCUUGGCUGUUAUUUAAGUGCUUUUAUAUAUAGGGGAGUGCUGAACGUCAAAAUGCAACCGUAUAUUCUAUAGGCCGUGUGUCAAAAAACGAAAAAGUCGAUUUAGAUCCACAAGUCACUUAAGCUCAUCCCUUGGAUAGGAUCGUCGUUGAGCGACUAUCAUCUUUCUAAAAAAAUGAGCGAAAACUGUGACUUGUGGAACCAAUGAAAUAAGUAAAAAUAAUGUACCUUUCAAAUGACGCUUCUAGUGCGUCAUUUUGGACCGAUGGGACGAUUGAAAAAUAUAGCUAAUCUAUAUGUACCUUUUUCAAUAAAAACUUUAAAAUCGCAUUUACCAAUAAAACGACGGUUGCAAGUUGAUGAAAGCAUGAGCGCUUUCCCUGAUUAUUUUCAUGGAAUCAAAGAUUAGGUAUUUGUUAAAAAAUAUAGUAUCGUUCUACGUUGCUUUAUGAGAAAGAUAUUUAAAAAAGUAGACAUUGUAUAAACGUACGAUAUUAUAAUGGAGACUGUUAUAAAAGUUUGUGUUGCUGGGUU